UCAGUUGAUUGUGACUUUGUGAGACAAUUUUAUCCAAGAUUUCAACUUUAGGUUAUGUAAUUUGAAGUUUGAAAAAGUCGAAAUGGAAUCGUGAAAUCGAUUUAUAGAUAUUAUUUUAAGUAUCACAGAAAGGAAAGUCGCAAGUUAUUAUUAAUAAUGAGUGAAUAUGAAGCCCUACAUUUAGAGUCAGCUGUUAACAAGCCCAUAUUUCACCUUUCCUUCACUGGCAAAAUUUUAGUAGGGUUUACUGGUGGCGUUGCCUUCGGACUGACAGUUAUCUGCACACCUUUUGUUACACCAGCCUUGAGGAAAUUUUGUUUACCCUACGUUCCAGCCACCACUGAACAGUUAAGCAAUAUCUUUCAAGCUUUAAAAGGGAGACAAGGCACGUUGCUGGAUUUAGGAUCUGGAGAUGGUCGCAUAGUUAUAGAGGCAGCUAAGAAUAAAUUUAAAUCAGAUGGGGUAGAACUAAAUCCUUGGCUGGUUCUUUACUCAAAAUUUAAUGCAUUCAAAUCUGGACAGACAAGACUGACACAGUUUUAUAGGAAAGAUUUGUGGAAGUACAAUGUUGGAAAAUAUGACAAUAUUGUUAUAUUUGGUGUUGAACAAAUGAUGGCAGACCUUGAAAAGAAAUUUAUUAAAGAAUGCAAACCAGAGUGCAAUGUAAUAGCUUGUAGGUUUCCUUUACCCAAUCUUACCCCGAUAAAAACAAUCGGCCACGGAAUAGACACUGUAUGGAUCUACAAUGUUAAGGAAACCUGACAAAUACAGAAGGCGUAUUUCUCGCCAUAUGAGUUGUUUAUUGAAUACAGUCCUAUUUUGUAUUUAGGAUUUCUGCUGUAUAUGUUAAAUUAAGGUGAUAUUCUGUUAUACAACUGAGUAAUUAAGUACAACUUUGCUAUAGUCAAUAUAAACACUGUAUAAAUGUUUGUCUUGAGACCAGAGCUGUCAAAAGCACUGAAUUGAGAUUUACAAAAAUUAAAUUGUAAAUUUUUAUGGUAAGAAAUAUAAUCAAUACAAUUAAUUUUAAAACAAAAA